AUGGGAGAUAAAAUUACUCCCGUCAGUGGUGUGGUUGCUGUCCGGAGUGUCUGGGUGAAUGUCUUCGGUAAACGCUGGAACAUCUUCAAAACUACGGAGUUCGAAUUGUUGCCAGUGAGAAAUUUGUCGAUCUGGAGUACGCAGAUGACAUCGUCCUCAUCUUUGAAAACCAAGCAUUCGCCUCGCACCUUCAAAGUGCAAAGUCAUGCUUCGGAGCGUACAGCCUCUGAACAUAGCCCUUACAAUUCAAGGAGAAUCCCUGGAGAUUUUGGAAUAUUUUCACAUACCUCUGACAGAAAUGUGUCUGAUGAAGUCGGUGCAAGAAUCUCAAAGGCUCGAAUCACGUUUUCUAAUUUCCGUCACUUGUGGCAUCAAAAAGGCAUAUCACUAGAUCCUAAGGGUCGUGUGUACCAGGCUACAGUAAGGGCUGGGUUGCUGUAUGUGUGUGAUACGUGGCCUCUGCGGACAGAUGAUGUCAUCCGUCUUCAGGUUUUUUUUACCAACGAUGCCUCAGAAGCGUUGCUGCCAUUGACAACACUUCACAAGUCAGUUAUAUUGAAGGGAAAUCGUUCAGCUGUAGCACCCUUUCGAUGCCUAACUGCCAUGCCACCCGAAGGUUGCACGAGGGCUGGUUACCCAAGCCUAGACAGGGGAAGUCGAGAGGCAGAGGUUUGGUUCGAACCACGGAACUUCCGGUCAAUAAAUUCACGCUCUAACCACUUGGAACACCUCGCCCCAGUUAUAUCGAACAGGUCAUGUUGGUGUUUGAAAGUCACGAAGACGACAAUAACCAGUGCAGCUGAGUUUGCUGGUAAUGGCUUUCAUACUUCGCUGCCAAGUCAUUGUUUGACCGCCUCUGGCUCUCUUCCACCCUUCACGUGGUUGUGCGAAAAGACCCCUUCGACUGGCAUACGCAGCACGCGGCCUAGCCAGCGCAACCUAUGCAGUGUGAUCAGUUCACAACAGAUUGGAUGUGGGUCAGACUAA